UAUAAACCCAUAAACAAAUUGAUUUCUUAUUUGUCUUUGGGUAAAAAUGUAUUUUUUUUAAACCUGCAGUAACAUCUGCAUAUAUUAUUCAAAUUGUAUCCACGUCUGCACUUUUCCCGGAAAGAGAGACUCCUCCAGGUAGGGAGGAGAGAAGUGAGCGGCAGGUGAAGGGUACUGUACAGUCAGCGAGACAAAGGUGUAACAAGAUACAGCGCGGCUGUUGGAGUUGCGCAUUUCAACUUUAAUCCGCCUCAAAACCGACGGUUUUCAUCAUGGCUUUGACACAGGAGUCCGUCCUGUCUCUGCUGAUAGCGGAGGGGGGCAAAGUGAAGAAAUCCGACUUGGUGGUUAAGUUUAGAGAUUCAAUAGAUUCCGACGAUCCUGCAGAGAAAGAACGGAACAGGGAGCUUUUCAAGACUUUUGUCAACAACGUCGCCGUCGUGAAGGAAAUCGACGGUGUCCGGUAUGUUGUUGUCAGGAAAAUGUAUCAGAAUGGUUUGCAGGACGGUGUCCACACAGCGGAAAACACUGACAAUAAAGAGAUCCCGCUGACAGGUGAGCCGCAGCGCCUACCUGCGCGGAGUGAGGACACUGGAAGCCGUGAUGAUGCAGGAGGCGAGAGGUCAGAUGUGUCUGAACGCGAUCAAGAACAGGCAAGUAGUGAAAGCGGUGACAAUCCUACAGAAUUACUGUCUCCUCUACAAAUGGCACUGCAAAGGAGCCAAAGUAAAAUCGUUAGAGUGAAAAGAAUGCUGCAAUUUGAGGUCCAAGGGCAGGACACCAAUGGAGGGAACUAUUCAAAAGGGAGUCCAGUAAACAAGCCGACAAGUAUCCAGAGCAAACCGUAUGCCUUACCUCUGAGGAUGCCACCCAGCACCACCAGGGUUGAGAUCUGCAAAUUGAAAGGGAGCUCAGAUGAGUCUCUUGAAAGCCAAGACUCCUUCAGGAACAAGAGAGGGCCCCCUGCAGUGGAGACAGACAUGAGCAUGAGCUCCCCCCAGCUGAGGAGGUCAGUGAAAAGCACCAAGGCGUCAGAGGAGCCCAAAGAUACCUCCUUGGUUCCCCUGGAGCAGUCAGAGCAUGAGUGGCUGGUAAAGUGUGCCGCUGGCCACUGGAGCCAGGUUUACGGCCUGCUGCUGAGAGACAACCAGCUGGCAGAGAAGAGGGACUUCAUGUCAGGGUUCACCGCCCUGCAUUGGGCAGCCAAAUGUGGCAACAGUGACAUGCUUGGGAAGAUUAUCGACUUAUCCAAGCGAGGAGGAGUUGACAUUGACGUUAAUGCAAAAACACACGGUGGAUACACUCCUUUGCACAUCGCUGCAUUGCACGACCAGGAAUACAUCAUGGCAAUGUUGGUGGGGGAGUACGGAGCAGACCCGAGUAUCAGAGACAACUGCGGGAAGAAGGCCUACCACUAUCUGCACAAAGGCAUUUCUGGGACGUUGAGAGAGAUGCUGGGUGAACCCAGCACCCAGCAGGGCCCUCAGGACAGGGCCCUGCCUGAGAAAGAAGAGCUGGACCUCUUCCCAGAUCUCUCCAAGGGCCUGCAUACAAUAAGCCGUCUUUUCCAGCCCCAUGUGACGGGCCUCAAGAAGAAGCAGAAGCAGAGGCCUGGGUUUUACUCCGUGAGCGACGACCCCAGCGAGGAACGAGAAGACAGCAACGGUGGCAGCAGCCUCAGCUUCAGACACAGAAUCAUAUCAGAUGUUUUUAUGUAAACUCUUUGUUCUCUUAUUUACAUUGAGGUGUGGCAUUCCUCUGAUUUUCAGGCCUCCUUCAACAAUAGCACUCUAAAAAAUGUUUUUGUAAAAAUCAGUGACUCCUUCUUUGUUUUUGUAUUUUAUUUAACAUUUCUGAGGACACAAUAGAUGAAAUUCACGUCACAUAUGAUGUGUUGAUCAUGAGGUUAAUCAAUCAAGAAUUAAUAGUAUCAGGGAGCUGGUUGAUUGAACUUGAAGUUGAAUUAGAGACAUAGAGUUUUAGUUUGAGAUGCUACCUGUAUGAGUUGUAAGUUAAGGAGUGUUUGCAAGGUGUAAAUAAAACAUGAUUCAGAAAAUAUUCCAGUAGGUCCCGUGAGUCGUCUUAUUACUCACUGUCUGAGGUCUGUUAAAGGAGUCUUCUCUUCACUGCCUUUUUGCACCUUCUUCACCUUCAGGAGAGGCUCAGACACAGAAAUUAAAGCCAAAAUGGUCAAUUUCUAUUUAUCUUUAAUGACUGAUUAUUAUGAAUACACAUUUUCUCAAUUAAGAGUCAUUUUUAACAACAUAGAAAGAAGUAAUAGGCACCUAUACCACUAAGGCAGACACAAAAAUGACUAUUCAUCUCAACAAAAAGAAUAAAUCAGACAGUUCCUUUACAGUGUCUGCAGGUCUGCGUGCAUCCAAAAUUUGAUUUGUAGAUGUCUGUUCUCUUAAAAAAAAAAGUCUGUUUUGGAUCCAAAUGAAACAACACUAGCAGGAAAUCAAUCUAUGACAUCACUUACUUACUAGUGUUACUCAUUUAGCAGAGAGAUCAAGACCUGACUUAGCUUGUUUUCCUCUGUGUUUUCACCUCUCAUCUCGAUUUCCAGAUGCAAACAUACCCAAACUAAAUACAAAGGAUGUGUCGACUUAAAGUGACUCAAACCUCCAGAAGCAACAAAAUAAUGGAAGCGUAUGUGCCUCUGAGGAGGAUUUACAGCACUCGCCUCUUCAUCAUCGCUCCACUUUAUAACAGAUGAAUUAUUAAACACUGUGAAGCAUUAAGGAGAAGUAAACAUCCCACUGAAAUAUCCUGGAAGGAAACAAACUAACUAGCCAAAACUUCUGUGCAAUGUGGCUCACAUCCAUCUUGAAGCUUGUCGAUACGGCAAAGAUACGCAGCUGACUAGGAAUGAGUGUGUGUUUGCAUGUGUGUGCAUGCAAGCAAACGAAAGCAGUGUGUUAAUAUCAUCACCGGCCUCCGGCGUCUUCUUGAAGUCAAGAACCAGCAGAAGAAGACUUUGCUGUCUUGUUUCCUGUCUGUCCUGGUUCCUUUUCCUCAGUCCUGAAGGAUUUGAGCUGCAACUUGUAAUCAUGGGUAAAGAAGAAGAAUGGGUAAUUCUCUGACUGUUUGUCUUGUUUCUGCCUGGAGUCCUCUCUAUCUCUGUUUCUUUUUCUCAUGAUGUCACUUCUUUAGCAGCAUCCGCUGUCUUAACGCCAGGACAAUGUUUCAUAUCUGAGCCUCUGGGUUUUAUUAAGCAAGUUUCCUGCUGCUACGAGGAAGAAGGCCAUCACAAGAUCAGGAACAAGACCCAGAAUUAGGGAAAACAAUUACUCAAGUCCUUUAGAUAAAAGAAGCAGCAAUAAAGUGUUUGUUAAAAUGGGGGGAAAAAAAAAAGGCUGAUAAUUAUUAGACUACUGUAGAAUUAUAGAAGA